AUGACCGUGGAGACUAGCAGCGCUCGCAACGAGCCCAUUGUUCCGACCUCGCCCCCGGCAAAGCGCAUCAAGACCGGCAGCGAAACCAUGGCUUCCUCCGACGGCACGGCCGCCAAGGCACAGCAGCAGGAGCUUCCGCCGCCCCCGCUCCUCAUCAAGAAGCUCUCGGACAAAGCCCGCCUCCCGACGCGCGGCAGCGCUUUCGCGGCAGGCUACGACCUGUACGCCUCGCAGGACACGACCAUCCCCGCGCGGGGCAAGGCGCUGGUCGAGACGGACAUCAGCAUGGCUGUGCCGGCGGGGACUUACGGCCGCAUCGCGCCCCGCUCCGGCCUUGCGGCGAAGCACUUCAUUGACACGGGCGCCGGCGUCAUCGACGCGGAUUACCGGGGUCCGGUCAAGGUGCUGCUGUUCAACCACGGCGAAGCGGACUUUGAGGUCAAGGAGGGCGACCGGAUUGCCCAGCUGGUGAUCGAGAGGAUCUACACGCCCGAGGUGGUCGAGGUGCAGGAGCUGGAAGCGAGCGUGCGGGGCGCUGGUGGGUUUGGAAGCACGGGUAUUAACUAA